AUGAGUUCGAGAUGGUCUGGAUGUGGGGAGAAAGGGAAUUUAAACAAGAAGCUAUGGACUGUUGAGGAGGAUAAUUGUCUCCUACGUUAUAUUAAACUUCUUGGUUGUUGCCGUUGGGACUCCCUUGCUAAGGCAGCUGGGCUCCAGAGAUGUGGAAGAAGUUGCAGAUUGAGGUGGGUAAAUUAUCUUCGUCCUGGUAUCAAGCACGGCAAUAUUACUCCAGAAGAAGAACGCAUUAUAAUUGAUCUUUAUGGUCGUUGGGGUAGCAGAUGGUCAUUGAUAGCAGAAAGUAUCCCAGGCCGGACAGAUAAUGAGAUAAAGAACUACUGGAGGUCCAAUAUAAAAAAGAAGCUUCAAAAUUUAGCACAAAACCGAAAUCUUGACAGUUCAAAUUGUAGUGCUAAAGCACAAGUCCAGGACCAACAACUAAUACUCCCACAAGAAAGAUCUGAGCCUUUCUCGGGCAAUGCAAUUAAGGAUUAUAUUUCAUAUGAGAAUACCCAUGACCAUGUCUCUGUCAGGAUGGACAUUCCAAUGGAUACGUUGAGAAUAAAUGAAAUUUUUACAGAUAUGGAGGAAGUGCAAGUACAAGAACAAGUAGAAGCUUCUUUAUUGGGAAGUGCUGAAACAGAAGGAAGCAUUCAAGAUGAUAAGGGCACAAUGGGACAUGGUGCAAUUGAAAUUUCUAGAGCUCCUAAUUCAUUUCUAUCAGGAAUUCGAAUAGAGAGUUAUGCAAUAUCAGUGCAUGAAGCUUCUUCUUUUACUAAUCCUGAGUUAAUGUAUCCCACACAUGAGUGUGAAUCUAAUUUGGGAUCAAAUAUUAUUGCAUGGAACAUGGAACCAGACACAUCGUUUCUAUCUAGCAACAAGGAUACCACAUUCAAUGCAAUUGAGAGUCCUCUUUUAUAUGAAAGUAAUCAUAUUCAUGCCUUGGGAUGGACGGAGAAUCCAACAGAUAAGUUGUGCAUAGAAGAAAUUAUUAGUGAUAUGGAUCAAGUGCAAGUACAAGGGGAGGAUUCUUUAGUGGGAUCUAGGGAAGAAGAGACAAGCAUUCAAAAUGGUAUGGGCAUAGCGGAACAUGAUGUAGUUGAGUUUUGUAGAACGCCCUAUUCUAUUCCUUCAGGAAUUUCAAUUGAAAGCUAUGGAACGAUGGCAUUUGAGGGUUCCUGCUCUACUAAUAUUGAGUUAAUGUAUCCCACAGAAUCUGAGUGUGAUAAUAUUUUUGGAUCAGAUUUAUUCUAUGGAAUAUGGAACUAG